AUGAAAUACGGUUUUAUUAAAACUGAAAAACCUACCGAUGAACUCACUAGCAAAGCAAAUCUUUCGGAUUCAGGCGGAAAGUACUACUUGUUUAAAGGACUCCACUCUCACACCACGGCGAAAGGACUCCACUCUCACACCACGGGCGAAAGGACUCCACUCUCACACCACGAGCGAAAGGACUCCACUCUCACACCACGGGCGAAAGGACUCCACUCUCACACCACGGGCGAAAGGACUCCACUCUCACACCACGGCGAAAGGACUCCACUCUCACACCACGGGCGAAAGGACUCCACUCUCACACCACGGGCGAAAGGACUCCACUCUCACACCACGGCGAAAGGACUCCACUCUCACACCACGGGCGAAAGGACUCCACUCUCACACCACGGGCGAAAGGACUCCACUCUCACACCACGAGCGAAAGGACUCCACUCUCACACCACGGGCGAAAGGACUCCACUCUCACACCACGGGCGAAAGGACUCCACUCUCACACCACGGCGAAAGGACUCCACUCUCACACCACGGGCGAAAGGACUCCACUCUCACACCACGGGCGAAAGGACUCCACUCUCACACCACGGGCGAGGGGAAUCCACUCUCACACCACGGGCGAAAGGACUCCACUCUCAAACCACGGGCGAAAGGACUCCACUCUCACACCACGGGCGAAAGGACUCCACUCUCACACCACCGGCGAAAGGAGUCCACUCUCACAAUACGAGCGAAAGGACUCCACUCUCACACCACGGGCGAAAGGACUCCACUCUCACACCACGGGCGAAAGGACUCCACUCUCACACAUGUUUUUAA